AUGUCCGCCAAUCGGGAAAAGGGGCGGGAGCAAGAGACUGGCGGGAACGAGAGACUCUGGCGGGAAAAAAGGAAGACUGGCGGGGAAGGAGAAGCGGACAAGACUGCUCGUCUUGUGAGCGACUGUUUCAAGCCGUGGAGCGGUGAGAAAUGCCAGCGUACCCGGUCAAGAGAGAGAAGCCGGCUGGAACGGGAGUCGCAGGACUGCUCGUCUUGCGAGGGGCUCGCCACAAGCUGCGGACAGCGGAGAAUCACCAGCACAGCGCUUCGGAGAGGGAGAGUAAAUUCGCCCUACGGGAGGGAAAGACCGUGGGAUGAAGGAAAGAUAUUUGGAGCACGCCUGGAAUUGGGUGGACUGUUUGCGAGUGGAGUGCCAGACCUAAGGUUGAAGGAUUUAGCCUGCUGUCAAGUCCUCCUGGAACGUUACAUCCCCAGUCCUGAGGGUCUGUGCGGAGUGCGUGAAGCCGUGUGCACCCUGAGCCAGCAGAAGCUGCAUGCCAUUGAGGACAGCAUGUACGACAACAUUGACUUCUUCAAGCUCUUCCACUUGCUUCCCAGGGUGCUUGACCGCCACACUGCUGGCCCCGAUCUGCGAUUGUGGGGCAAAGUGCUCUUGGGCACCUCCAAGAAGUUGCACCAGGAUAUCAUCUUGAAGCCCAUGAUAUCGGAUUUUAUUGAUAUGAAUGUAGAAAGUAUGGGGUUUUCCUCGAGACGCAUGCUUAACGUCCUGUUUACUGGACCACCUGCUGAUCAUUCGUAUGAUAUGCCGAAUUUUGACUGUCUUACUGAUCAAGCCAUCCUGCUACUCAAGGAGUACGGAGAGGUCAUUCCUUGUUAUAAGCAUCAAGAAAUUAAAUCUGCCAAAUGUUAUUAA